AUGGCUUGUUCAUUAAAUAAAGAUUUAAAAAGUCUUUCACAUCCACUUACCUCAAUUGAUAUGGCAAGUACCCUUCAACAACUUAAUCUUGGAAUAAACAAGUUUGUCCCCCGUCAUAUUCAUCAUGUCACAUCUAUAUUAAAUCGAAUUUUUAAAACGAAAUUUUUACCUGAACAAAUAUGAAUUUGUCUCGAAAAUUGAGAACUGAUUUUACCUAAAUAUAAAGAUAAUAUAGAAGGCAAAUCUUCUAAGGAAAUCGAAAACGAAAUAAAUAGUUAUUGCUCUACUCAAUAUGGGAAUUGUUCAUCGUCUCUUCUGAAUUGCUUUAUACUUUUACUGAUUCAAUGUGUAAGUCCUAAUUGCUCAAAAAACAGUCUGAAUAAUCCAACUCCUCAUCAUAACGUUACUAUUUUUUGUUCAGGUGAAAGAUUAAAAAAAGGAACAAUAUUUUUAAAGAAAUGUUCUAGAUGUAAUUAUAAAUAUUUUUACAAUUAUUACCUUCGACCCGAUAGGCAGAAAACGCUAACUAUGCAUCCUGAUGAUGAAGUUUUUGUUGUUUUUUGCAACUAUGAGUAUGAAAAGCGUUUGCUCAUACAAAUUGAAGGCGAUAUUUUGUUCAAACAUUGUGGUU